GCGGGAUUUGAAUAUUCAUGAAGGCGCGACUUGAAUGUAGCCGGUUCAAAACAUUGAGCACACGGCUCCGCUGAUUGACACGGCUGAUUGGACAGUGAGGGUGUAGUGGGCGGGGCAGCGUUAGAUCGCUUUAAAUAAGGAACAAAACACUGUAGUAGAGCAGCGAAGGCGGUCAACAGAGACUGAGCGGGUUAGUUAACAGGGUUUUGACUCUUCUGUGAACGCGUUUCCACCGCAUUAACCAGGAGUAAAUAUCUUUAAAGGACUUUUUUUUGACUUUGGGAUUUUAAAAGCAUAACGCUUUAAUCGGUUAAAGACGGAAAAUCAUCAUUAAAAAUCUGAAGAGCUAUUCCGCCUACAGGAGAAUGGACUUUUAUUAACUUCAACUUGACGGAACACUUUACAAAAUGCUGGAUAAGAGAGCCAUGGAGUUCGACUUGGAGGAAGAAGUCCGAGGAAAGAACGUGAAGGAGCCCUUCCUCAGUCAGUAUCGCUGCGGUCCUCUGCUCGGCAGCGGAGGUUUUGGCUCCGUGUUUUCAGGCCAGAGGCUCUCCGAUGGACUACAGGUUGCCAUUAAGCAAAUUGCCGUUGACAGAGUUCAAAAGUGGACCAGACUGCCAGAUGAGGUCAAUCCCGUUCCGAUGGAGAUUGCUCUGCUGCAGCAGCUGUCAGAGGACGGGGGCCACCCUGGGGUCAUCCGCAUGCUGGACUGGUUCGAGGUGGAGGGGCAGGGCUUCCUGCUGGUGAUGGAGAGGCCGCCGCACUGCCAGGAUUUGUUCGACUUCAUCACGGAGAGAGGAGCGCUGUCUGAAAGCCUCGCACUCAGGAUUUUCCAUCAGGUGGUCGAAGCGCUUCGAUUCAUUCACUCCCGCGGCGUCGUGCACCUGGACAUCAAAGACGAGAACAUAGUGGUAGACACGAGAACGAUGGAUAUCAAGAUCAUAGACUUCGGGUCGGGGGCGGUGCUUAAAGACACACCGUACAGAGAGUUUCAAGGAACUCGGGUCUACAGCCCCCCCGAGUGGAUCGCAUCGCAGUGCUACGAGGCCGUCCCCCUCACCGUCUGGUCUCUGGGGGUUCUGCUCUUCGACAUGGUCUGCGGCGACAUUCCCUUUGAGCACGACAUGGAGAUUUACAGAGCCUGCCCCAGCUUCACCAGGCGGGUGUCAACAGGAUGCCAGUCUCUCAUUCGCUGGUGUCUCUCCUUCCAGCCGGAGGAUCGUCCCACUCUGGAGGAGAUUCUGUCACACCCCUGGAUGAAGGCAGGAAAUGACAAAGAGGAGGAGGAAGAGGAGAGGGGAGGCCUGCGUGAGGAGCACGGCUCCCUUCCCUGUCAAUCCCUUUGAAGUGUCAGGACUCUGGACUGUUACGGACUUGAGGAUCGCCGAUUGGGCGCGUUCCUGAUCAGUUUCCUGUUUGUCGCAUUAAACCUGGCGGCACCUUCGUCUGGAA